CCUCCCCCCGCUAACUCUUUCUGUAUGUAAAGCAGCUAGCAGGAGCCUGGUUGUGUGUCUGUCAUUGAGAAGCUGGACUCAGUAAUCUGAGGAGUGUCUAUCGGGUUUGUCUGUGUGCUCAGGGAGCUCCUGCUGGGUGGCUGGGUGCUGUGAGGACACUGUUGGGGACACUGUGUGAGGACACUUCGGGGACCCGCCGGGCUGCUGCUGCUGGCCCAGCUGCAGAGACCAUGAUGUAACGCUCCUGCUGACCGACAAUCAGCAGCAGAAUGUCUGUCAGCUGCCUGCUGAGAACCACCUUCAGGCUGGAGAGGAAACACGUGGUCGCACAUUUGGUCCAGCAGAGAGCGCUGUCCGGGGCCGACGCCGUCAACGCACUCAGACCCUUCUACUUCGCAGUCCAUCCUGACUUCUUCGGUCAAUACCCCAGGGAACGGGAAGUGAAUGAGAAUUCUUUAAAGAGGCUGAAUGGCUAUCUGGACAACUUGCAGAAGCCCGGCUCGCGCUCGGUGCAGCCAAUGAAGCUAACCUUUUACAUCAGGGACACAAAGGACGGCAGCGAUGUGCAGCCAGAGCUCCUCGCCUCGGGGUUCCGGCCAGUGAGUUUCACUCUGCACACAAACGAUGUCCUGAGCACGGUGAAGAACGUCCUGAAGUCCUGCAGCCUGCCCACGGAGCACAUGGAGGGACUGGCACCAAGUGCAGAGACAUCUAAAAGUCCAGCAGAGGAAGGGCUGCCCUUCUACAGACCUAUCCGGUGGGAUAAGAGCUACUACACCUUCACUGGGUUCCGAGACCCUGAGCAGGAGCUGCAGCAGGCUCAGAGAAUGGAGCCCACUCUGAGCUCAUGGCUGAGAAACAACGAGCUUGAAGCCACCAAGAAGUACAACGCUAGUCUUCCUCGGAGAGAAGAGCUGAACAGACUGAAGAAGGAGCUGUGUCACAACUUCGAUCUGGCUGAUAUCAUGUGGCAGCGCAGCUGGGGAGUGGCCCACCGCUGCUCUCAGCUUCAGAGUCUGAGCCGGCUGUCCCAGCAGAGCCCCGACGCCCUGAUAAACCUGCAAGGACACACUGUGGUGUUCGCUGACCAGUCCGGGAUGAACGCCUCGGGACACAUCAUGCUGGGAACCAUGGACGUUCAUCAUCAGUGGACCAAACUGUUUGAGCAGCUGCCUGGGUACCGCAGCCUGCAGCAGCAGACUGACUGGUUAAAGGAGAGGAUCAGCCUCCUGCUGGGUGGCACUCAAGUUGUCCAAAUGGAGAGGUUGGGCCCGGUUCAGUCCAUUGCUGAGCACUACAGCACCCUCAGCACCUUCCACAAGACCCUGAUGUCCCGCCGGCUCCACCUGCACCCCCGCAGCCUGCAGGGGCUCACCAUGCUGUUGGAGAAUGAUUGCUCUAAUCCCAGUCUACACGAGAUGGGCCACUUCAUCAUCCCCACCAACUGUGACCCCCCCAAGCUGCAGGUCUUCCUCCAGAGCCAGGCGCAGGAGGCCAGACAGCGCACGCAACGCAAAAGCCAGUUGCAGGCGGAGGAGGAGGCUGUGGUGAAGCUGUGUCUCUACAGUCUGUCCCUGAGGAGUCUGUCCAAAGAGCCCAGCAUCAGCUCCAGCCAGAUGAUCCGCUGCUGUAAACGGCUUGUGGAGCAGCCCUCCCCCCUCAUGCAGGGCCUCCACUUCUGUGUGUCUCACUUCUACUCGGUCAUGCAGGACGGAGACCUGUGUGUCCCCUGGGACUGGAAGGGCUGAGCUGCAGGGACACGCUCAGUCCAGGUGUUCCAAAUGUUGUUCAGCCAGGAAAUAGACAGGUUUAACAAGUUGAUUGAUUUCCAAGGGAAACCUUUAUUUAGUUGUUAAUUCAAGCUGCAGGUUUGUCCAAUAAUGAGUACUGUAUUCUCUUGCUAGAAAUAUGCUAAAUGAUUGACAAGAAAGUAGAAGAAAGACAUUUCAAAUGUUUUCUCCAAAAAUACAGGAGACUUUGACUUCUUCAAGAAUCAGAACUGAACGUCUGAGAAGCAAACAGUGUUUGGUUGAACUGGGAUGAGGGACCAGCCCAAAAUGUUGGGAACUAACUGGCACAACUACAAAAGGACUUCAGCUCUAAGACAAGGGUUGAGGCCUUGACAUAUGCACAGUUUGACAACGUUUUGUUUUGUGAGAAUACAUGGAAUAAUAAAUCUGGUAAAGGCACAAUGUGCUCUAAAUGUAGUAAAUACAGAGGAGGGUUAGUACUCUGAUUGACAGACUGACACUAGACAGAACAAUGAACCAUUUGGUACAAGGUGGAGUCUGGCCACGUUGGGUUCCCCUGGUCUUUAGGUCUUCUAUGGUGUUCACAUAAAAAGUGACAGAAGUAGUUGUGUGAAGAACUUUGACAGCGCCACACACCUGAGCAAUGACUGCGUGAAGGGGGUGCGAGGAUCAGCCGUGACUAGGAAAGACGGUGUGGAGAAAUGAUCCAACAGCACACCGAUGGCCACCAGUGAUCGAUGUUGCUGCUGCAGCCUCAAAGUCAAACUGUAAUUAUACACAUGCAUCACGUCAGACAAUCCAGAAACACUCAACAAGACUUUAUAAAGUGUUAUGUUAACAUACACUGUGUGCACUAACAUGGUGCAUCAUUGGAAGCAGCUGUUAGAUAUAUUGGACUUUACAGAAGCUGGAGUCCAGAGUUCUUGUGAUCCAGAUUUGGUACCUUAUCUGUGAAAUAGGUGACAGGUCCUCCUCAGCGCCAGUCUCCCCUUUUUUCUGGCUUUUCCUAACUGAUGGCAUUUGUUUUAUAGUUCUGGAUUUUAUGACUUAUCUGAAAUCGUUUUAUUGUAAAGCACUUAAAUCUUUAUUUGAAAAGUGCCAUUACAUAAAACAUGCUUAGUUCUAACUUCCUGUACAUUAUUUAGAUCAAGUAUUCGUUCAAACAUUGUCCAAAUUGGCCCAUUACAUUCAAUGUGAUAUUCAAGAGCCACACAUGUCAUACAGUAAAUAAAAUUUAUUUCAUUGUUCAGACAA